ACUUCUCGCUGCUCUUCCGACGCCCUCCUUGGGUGUUUCCUGGUGUUGCCUUAUUGUUUCUUUAUUUUGUACAUUAUGGAUGCACAAUAUGGCUGCCUUGGCAUGCUCGUAGUUCUUUCUGGAUAAUGCUUCAACGGUUACGGCGAAUUAGACGCUAAGAUCUUAAUGCAGAAAAACGCACGAUGCAGAUUCGCACCCAAACUUGUUGGUGUAUAGGUGACAUUUGUUGGGGCCAACUGUUGGAGGAUAGACGUUGAUGAGGUGCCCCCAUCUCAAGAGAUUAACAUCAAUCCUCUUGACGAGGGAAAGGAGUAUCACCUUUUGGAGGUUUACUCGAAGGAAAACACAAACAAGAGUAUAAAUUUUCAUUUUCGCUGUAAGGAGAGAACAUUACUGGGUGAGCUUGUAGGUUGCAAUCGUACCCAGUUAAACUCCGUGUUUGAUGAUGUGGUUAGCUUAUCACACAAUUCACAUAUGACGAGUGUGUUCUUCUCUGGCUACACGGUGCCCAGCCAACCGUUUGACUUUAAACUAAAAGAGUUGAAUGAGUAUAAAGAGCCUGAUGAGCUUAAUCUAAAGGCAACUCCAAAACUAUCAUUGGACCCUGAAUACCAGUCCUACAAGGAAAGGCUUGCAAAAGUGCCCGGUGGCACUUCCAAGCAGAAGCCUGGUGCCAAUUCCAAGCAGCCAGAGGUGAAUCCGAUAACUAUGUCACCACUGACUGCUCCACUUAUCUUCACUAAUCGGGCUAGUUGCCAGUUUUUCUCUGGCAAGUCCCGUGGGCUCUUCUGGGUCGCAAAGCAAAAGCUUGAGGAUUGCAAUAACAUGGUGGCCGAAACUCCUUUGAAGACAUCUGCUUCCAAGAAGAAGGCAAAGAUCUUCUGGGGAGUUGUCGUCAAGCCUGGAGAGAAAAAAGAGUGUGACCCAGGAAAGUCAUAUCGUCAUUUAUCGCAGAUAGCAUUGGAGAUUAGGACUGAAGAGAAUGUGGAAGUUUUCGUGGAGACUGAUGAUAAAUGUAUUAUGCUUGGAACACUUUCAGCUGAUAAUGAUCCUCAUUUUGAAACCAAUCUGGUGCUCAAAACGAAGUUUAAACUUUGGCAUUCGUCAAGGACCACGAACAUCUGCUUUACUGGCUACAAAUUCAAUAUUAUGGACAGAUAUAACACAUCUACCAAAGAAGGUAAUGAAUCUCACGAGGAUAUUUCGUUACUAAUUCCACUCGACCCCAACACGGAUGCUGCACAUGGUGCCAAUCAGCUUACUGCACCAAGGCCUGCUGAUGCCCCAUCCUCUGGACCAAAGGAUACAGUUGAGGAACCAACUAGUCCUGCAAAGCCAAAGGGAGAUGAUAAGGGCAAGACUGUUACACAGAAUCAAAGUGAUGACGAUGAUAGUGAGAGUUCUGAAGAUGUGGAUUCUCCUAGAAAGGUCAAGAAAAGGCCAAUGGGAACACUGCCGAAGGCACCUCAGGGGAAGAAGACAAAGAUAGAAACACAAACUACGAGCAACAAAACUGGAGAACAGGCUUGUAACACAAGUGACUAUGUCAAGGCAGCUGGAAGCAAACAUGCGUCAAAGCAGCCCACGUCUCAUACCUGCAGUUUAUGCAGCAGGCAUUUCAGCUCCCCAAUGGCUCUCAGAGAUCAUUCCAAGGCGAAGCAUGGGUCCGCCGACUCAUCUUAGGCAUAUCUAUCGUGGGCAGAGUGAGAUGUUAGCUAGUAGGAUAGGGGCGGGGUCCUGGUUAACUGAAAAUUUUGGUAUCGGUGACGCAGAUAUGGUGUGGAUAGAGGUCGCCUUUUCUGGCAUUGCUUGGCACGCAUAAUCGGGAGUUUUCUCUCUUCUGUCUCCGUUCUGGACUUGUUGUUGGUGCUAUCCUAGAAUUAGAAAUGCUGUUAUGUGUGCUGGAUUCUGAGAUCAGUGGUAAUUAUUUCGGUUGGUCUCUACUCUCUACUA